AGCGGGACAGGGGACACCGGACAGGGGCAGCGGGCCAGGACAGGGGACACCGGGGCGGAGGCGCGGUGUUGGAGCCGCCCGACAGCGGGGACGCGGUGACGAGCAUUUGUCCCUGCGGGUUUGUCGCCCAGAGGGUGGUCGGGCACAGGAGCGGGGUCCCAGGGUGGCAGCCCCGGGCUGUAAGGAGCAUUGCACAGCGCUCCCCGGCACGGGGUGGCUCGGGCUGUCCUGCCCGGGGCUGGCUCCCGUCAGCGCAUCCUCUGUGCUCCAUUUUACGUGUUGUGUCCUCACGCACACAGGAGCUUGGCUCAACUCUUCCUUCCCAGACACGCAGCAGGGGAGCUGUGCUUUGCAGGCUGUCCAGGCACGGCUGGUUCCUGCUUCAUCUGCCUGCUGUUCUUCCUGCACAGGUGAGCAGGGGAAUGGAUUUGGACAGCGUGUUCUCGGGCUCUUCUCUGCAGAGCCUCGCCAAGCUGCUGCGUGACGCUCCCGAAGAGGAGGAGGAGGAUGGUGAUGAUGAUGUGCCACGCUGUUCUGUUGGUGCCAUGACUCCUGGGAGUGUGGGACCAGCCAAGAAAGACACCACCAGUACUUCUCAAGCAAAAUCUGAAAACAAGAAAACCAUUUGGAAUAUAGAGGAGGUCCCAGAAGGAUCUGAAUUUGAUGAUACGUGGGACCCUAGAGAAAAGCCAGAGUAUGAGAUUUCAUUCAAGCAGCACGUGGGAACAGAGGAUGUCUUCUUUGGGAUGACUGGGAAAGACCCCUCCACUGCCUGCUGUGAAGAUAUAGUGAUUAAAAUCAAGCUGCCAGAGACAAAGUACUCAGACAUCACAUUAGACAUCCAGGACAAGGUUCUUGACCUUCGAACUCCCAAAAACCUGUCUCCUGCAGCUGCUGAACAGAGAGAAAAAGAGCCACACACCUCUUCUGGAAAACUCUUGUCAUGUCAGAAAGCUGUGUGAAAAGGAGCAGGAUAGGAAUGGAGAUGGACACAGCUGAUUUUAACUCAUCAGGUGAUGCAGACAAGGCAGACAUUUGCCAAACUGUAGAUUAGGAACUGUACAAAUGUAAGCACCAACACUUGACUUAAAUGAUACUGUGAGCUCUGGGUGGGUUCCACCCCUGACAGGGGCCCAGAUAAUGAGAAUUUACCACCCCUGGGGAUUCCUGUGACUGGGAACUGCUGAUGGGAUCUCCUGAGCCAGAUUCCUGUAGUUAUAUCCCCAGAGCUGCUCUUAGGGGCACUGGGGCAAGCUGGCAAGUAUAGAGAGGAGGAUGAGGGAUUGACUUCACCUGGGAUAGUCAGCCAUACCUUUUCUCACCUGAGCUGAGCCCAAGGGUUCCAUCCAGGAUGAGGUGAAUGGUGAGGAGCAACACAGUGAGAAACUAGACGAGCAGGGCUGUGUUUAAGGCAAACUAAAUGGUGGGUGUGGAUUGGGACACUGCAAGUGAGGGAGUGAUGUGAACUGGGCAAAAGCACAAGUGGGAGAAGAAAAACAUCAUCAAAGUUCAUUUAAAACCACUCUGUUGAAAGGGAAGUUCAGCCAGCCACCCUGAGCUUAGGGCUGAUGAGAUACCUUUGUUAGAAUGUCACCAGCACUGAAAAUCCUGUGCCAAAAUAAGCCGUGGGAAGGGGACUGUGCCUGGAAUAGCUGUGAGGUCUCCAAGAGGGCCUGAGCACUCAGGUCAUGGAGAUUUAUUGGGCUGGGAACCUGGGGGUCAGGCUAAGGUGGCCCAUUGCAAUUACUUUUGUCAAGAGCAGAUGAAAGGGGCACUGGUGUUGGGAGUUCAUGAACCCUCUCAAGUGCUCCCAACAGCCUGAGUCUCUGUGUUGUCCUUGCAGCACCUCUUUCUGGGUAAGCAGAGCUGUGUGUGCAGUGCCUGGGUGACAGAUUGCUGUGCCCUGACCUGGAACAGGGGAUGUCACAUCUAGUUUUAGGCCUACAUGCAUAUGCAUGCUUACCUCCAUCCUUUUCCCUAUUUAGAGCAGCCCACGUUUAUUUAAAUUUUUUUUUUAACAAUUAAAAAAAAAAAGGAAAAAGAAAAGAAAACCAAAAACCCACCCACAAAAAUAAACACAAAAAUACCACAAGUUUUUGCUCUAAGAUCAGCAGGUAAAUGCAUAAAUGAGGGCAUUAGAUUUGUUCUUAUCCUGGAGCCAGGGUAGGGCAUCCCUCGGAUGAAGGGAAAAGUUUCACAAAGAUUCUGCAAGGUUGUCUUGAACCAGUGCUUGGAUAAGAGAGCUGAAGGUGAUUAACUGCUUGCUGUGAUACAGAUGUGAAUGAAAAGAAUGGCUGAAGUAAUAGAAAACCCCAUUUCUUUUCUCUUGCAUCACGAGUUCCCAGGUUUAUGCUCAGUGAGUUUAUUUCAAUUGGACUGCUGCUUCUAUUUGGAACUAAUAUUUUUGUUUUCUUGAAUAAAAUGUGUUUUCCAAUGCUGUUGCCCUUCCCCAAACCA